CAGACGAACGCGGCCUGUGACCUGGGCAAACAGCAGUCUCCCAUCGCGAUCGACUCGAAGACCGUCACCCUGAUUGAUCCCAGUGCGGUGUCUCUGGACAUCCGCGACGCCGACCAUGUCGAGGUCGAGAACCUAAGAUACACGCUCGAAGUCGUGCUCCCCAAUAGCGCUCUGACGGCCCAGGGCAAGCAAUGUACGCUGGCGCAGUUCCACUUCCAGACCCCUUCCCAGCACCGCCUCGACGAGGUGCACUUCGUGUUCACGGACGCGACCAACAGGAUCGCCGUCGUCGGCCUCGUCUUCCAGCUCUCCGAAACCAGAGACUGCAAUUCACUCUUCAGCUGCGUGUUCGCCGACGUCGAGGCGAUCAGUGAGCCCGGGUCCGCGACGGAGAUCGAGUCCCUGGACUUCUCCGACCUGACGCAACAUCUCCAGGGCCACAAUGUCUACACCUACGGGGGCUCGCUGACCACCCCGCCCUGCAGCGAAGGAGUGUCGUGCUUUGUCAGCGCAGAGCCCUUGUCCUUGGAGGUCCAGCAUUACAACCACGUCAAGCGCUUGAUCCGCUUCAACUCGCGCUAUACCCAGAAUGUGCCCGGAGAUGAGAAUUUGUCAGAAAUGGCUGCCAGGGAGUUGAACUGGCCGUGA